AAGGCUGUCACACACACACACACACACACUCUGAACACAAAGCAGACAACUUCCUCCACCAGAAUAAGAAGAUGUGUUUCCUAAGCGCUUUGGACCAAAUAAAUGAGCGUGAGACACGGUGAAGAAAUUUACUUGCUUUCUGACUUAGAGGGAGCUAGUAAGACACGACAGGCAGAAUGCGGGACAUGCUGGAGAGGCUGCAGACCAUUAGUGAGGAGAAGGAGGACUACGAUCCAGAGUUUUAUGAACCCGAGAAUGACGUAGACAAGCUGACUCUUUCUCAACAGGCAGUGGUGUUUGAGAACUCCUCAGCUAUCGAAAACAUCCUGAAGGAGGCCCAGUCCAUACGCAAGGAAAUCUCCUUACUCCGCUUAGAGGUGGAGCGUCUGAGCGCCCAUAAUGAACGCUUUGGCACCUCUGUGCGGCGCCUCACCCUACUCAAAAGGGACUCUGACGCCAUUGCCAGGGGAAUCCAGCAACGUGGGGAGGCCCUGUACACCCGUCUUCAGGCCCUGGGUAAAGAGAGCAGCCAGGUGCAGGCCAAAGAAGGUCCCAACUCAGCUGUUAGUCGAAUUACCCAAGUUCAGUAUGACACGCUGACCCAUGCCUUCCAUGGUGUCAUGAGUGACUACAACAAGGCGGAGGAGAAACAAAGGAUGACAUGUCGGGGGAGGAUUCAGAGGCAGGCUGCCAUAUUGGGAACUGAAAUCACUGAUGACCAGCUGGAUGUGAUGGUGGACAAAGGUGGUGAGGGAUGGGCUGAGCUGUCCCAGAGCCUGCAGACUGGAGGUGCACGCUCGUCCCGUUGGGCAAUGUGUGAGAUCAAAGGCAGACACAAGGAGCUGGUGGAACUGGAGGUCAGGCUGAAGGAGGUGCAUGAUCUGUUCUUGCAAAUGGCCAUGCUGGUGGAGGAGCAGGGAUACGUACUCAAUAACAUUGAGAGUAAUGUACGUGGCACCCAGGAAUAUGUCGAAAACAUCAAUGUUCAUAUUAAGAAGGCCCUAAAGUACAAGAGGAAAAAUCCUUUUCUGCAGUGUUGCUCUUGUCUACACUGUUGGAGACGGAAUCAACCAUUUUAAGGCUUAUUUUGACUUUAUGCAAUUUUAUGGAUGGUUUAAAGUUAAAUAUUAACCUGGAAGAAAGUAUUGGACAGCUGGAAAGAAAUGUUAUGCCAUGUACUUACUUCAUGGUAAAUCCAUGCGUGUCGAUCUGCAUGAGAGAAGUCUAGAUUUUAAAAGGAUGUUGUUUUAAUUUAAGCUGAUUCAGUGUACUGAUGUACAAAAUAAAAUUGUGUUGUAGUAAAUUAAAAUCAAUUGGUCAUCCUUGACAGAACAUCAGCUUAGUACAUUGAGUCACGGGGAUAAGAAGUAGCCUACACGUGGUCUGUAGAAAUGUUGAAUAAUUGGAGUCAGGAGAGAGAUGAGUGACAAUAAUGAUGGAAUUAGAGAACCGGUGACAGAUAAGAUCAUUUCAGUACAGUUACAACCAUGCAGAGUUAAAGUAAAUUAGCAGUCACUAAUAGUCAUUAAUUCACUAAAAAACACUGAUGUGAGAAGGUUAAACUUGAAAUUGCCAAAGUUGAAUCACAUUGGUGACAAAAAAGAUAAAUUUAGUCUGAGAUGUCAAGUUGAUGUGAAUGGUGAUGGAGGACUGAAUAAGAUAUAUUACAAAUACAGAGUGUGCCUCAAACAAUAGAGACACUAAGUUUUAAGAGACAGAAAUGACAUCACACAGCCAACCAAAGAAUGAGGAAAAGAGAAAAAUCACCUGGCUCUUCCAGAUUCUUCUUUGGGUCAGAUGAAGCGUUGAAACUUGAGACCGGAGAGGAGACGUGUAAUCUGAUCCUUUGACAUAAUUUUGGCUUUCUCUGAUUUAAAAACAAUAAAAUAAUCAUGGCCAUUAGCUGUUAAUGAGAGGGCAUGUCAGACUGUGUAGUCCUGAGUCCAGUAGGCCUUUGUAGCCGUUUAGUUUUGUUGCUGAAAAAUAACCAACCAUUAACAUGAACAAGAGUAGCAAAACCAUAUCUAACCUGCUAUAGGCACUGGAGCAAAAAAUAAUCUCCUGGGCUCUUGUUAAGACUCUUUCAUUCUUCUCUUGGCACAAUGUGAAGGUCUUAUUCUUGGUAUGCUACAUGGUCCUAGGUUUGUUGUGAGGCAUUUAUUAACAUAUGUAACACACAAUAUGUAACACUGUAGUAAGAACAUCACCCGAAUUAAUAAAAGCCCUGAAUCUUAAAACAUGGGACUCGAGAUCAGAUGGUAAAGAACACACACAUUAAUCCUUUAUUGGAUCAGUUUAUUUUGUGUCUCAGUUGUUCAUGUUAUUUACAUAUUCCCAAACAAAGCUAAAUUUGACCAUGAACAUUUAAAUAAACCAGAUGCCACACAAUGAAUAAGUGUUUGGGCGCCAGUGGGUUAGUUGCUUAUUUGGUUAAUCCAGCCUUUAGUUUUAUAAUAAGAACAGAUUACAUGACAAAAGGAAAAAGAAAAGGAAACCCUUGAGGAUGGCUGCCUUCUUUUCUACUGACAAUGAAUAAAAGCUGCAUGGAUAUUACUGAG